AUGACCCCUAAGCCUGGCCAGGGCCAGUCGGCACCCCUGUCGCAGCAGCACUGCCUCAGCUGCGACUAUGGAGAGCCGGUCCUCAUCAAGCGGCCCGACCGAGAUCUGUGCCUGCGGAUGGGGAACGCACUGGCCCGCGACACCCGCGUCUUCGAGGCCAUGGGUGCGUACCGCGCGGCCGAGCUGCACAGGGCGCUGGAGCUCGUGGAACUGGAGCACCUGGCCCUGGGCCUCGUGUGCUUCAUCCGCGAGUUCGAGUGGGACUUGCCCACUCGGUGGCCCAACCAAGACCCCGAAGUGACGACCCAAGGCAAGCCGCCCACGUGCACCAUGACCUGGGAGGCCGCCUCGCUCCGAGAGCUGCUUAGCUGCCCCCGUUGCCGGGCGCUGCUCCACAAGCCGGUGAGCCUGUUGUUCGGCCUCACGGUCUGCGAGAGCUGCCUGGAUCCGGGCGCCAAUGCGCAGACCCCGGCCUUACGGGUCAACGUGGUGCUCAGCAAGCUGCUGGCCAGGUGCUUCCCGGCUCUGGACCGCGUGCGCGCCUUGGCCGGCGAGGCGCGCACCCUUCUCAGCCAGCAGCAGCCCGAGCUCGCGCUGCUCCGCUGCCAGGAGGCCUUGGAGCUGGUUCCUAAAGAGAAUUCACUAAUGCUGUUGCGAGCAGAAUUACAUUUAAACAUGAAAAACUAUGAGAAGUCUUUUCAAGAUGCCAGUGUAGUUUGUUACAAGGACCCUUUUUUUAUUCAGGGACAUCAUGUAAAAGCACAAGCUCUUUCUGGAUUGGGAAGAACUAAAGAAAUGCUGAAGGAGCUUCUCUACUGUCUUGCAUUAAAUCCUGAAUAUGAUACAGUGAAGGCAGAUGUACAGAAGGUGAUACAUGAGGUAUUUUUUCCAGAUUCAAGAAGUGUAAGUCAAAAUUUAACCUCUCCUGUUGUAUCAGACACUGGAUCAAUGCUUCAGUCUCAUGAACAUACAAAUACCCAAUCUUCAGAAGAAUGUAGUAACCCUGGCAUUUCUGAGGUAUGGAGUGUAUGUAGUUGUGAAUGUAACCUUGAAUAA